CCUAAAUAGGAUGUCAAUUCAAAAUCCUUUUAAUCAAUAAGAGAAAAUUGAUACACACAUAAAUGUUGCCUUAGACCAGAAUUUCCAUUAAAAUUACAGGGUUCAUAAUAGGGGUUUAUUAUGAACCCUGUACCAUGUAAAAACUUAACUCCAGUUUGAUCGAUAAUCCUAUGGGAUCAACGGGAAUGUUCCGCACAAAAAUGAACGGGAAUUAUUCCACAAAGGUUCCGAUAAACUUACCGAAACUGAACGUGAAAACCUCUGCUGAAAAAACGCUGGAAUUGCUAUUAAAACCGGUAAAAGAGUUCAUAUUACCCUCCGAUAGUGAGAGUGAUCGUAGCAGCGAGAUAAUCGACGCUUUCGAAGAGUUUCACAGGAACAGUUUCUUAAGACCCCUUCCGGGAACAAAGAGGAAGUUCUUGACGAAACAGGAGGCAGACUGGAAAACUGUCGAACAAUUCACUGAAGACUUUAAGGAAACUUUAAGGGAGAUUCGUAAAGAAAUGGGGUUGCCCAUUAAGCUGAGUUUAGAAAACGAGCAUGAGAUUGAGGAGGAACUGAAGCAUAGUAAAAAUCCUUUUUUUCUUUUUAACACCCGAGUGUUGGACAAAGAAGAACCGAUUUUAGUGGAACGUGAAGGGAUUAGCAGCGAAACCACGUCAAGUAAGAAAUAUAUUGUUUUAAGGCUUUUUUUUGUAUAACGUCAGGAUGAA